AUGGACCGUUGUCGAUGUGAAGAAUACGAAGAAGCUGUGAAAAAGCUUAGGUUUUAUACCGUCGGAACACUAAGACCGGACAUUAUAGAUAAUUAUGAUAGAACCGGAUUUAUAACAACAUGGAUUCAACAUGGUGUGGAUUACGUUGAUAUGAAGUUUUCUAAACCUAAAGCAUAUAAGGUCUUAGAUCCUAGUGAACUGCCUCUGAACAAAAUGCCACCAGCCGUCAGGAAAGUGGAGCAAAUGUGGUGCCCUUAUCUUAUAACAAAACGAAAAUGGGGACGGCGCGUACGCAGUCCCCACUACCAAAAAUUACGCGUCCGAGUUAUCCACAUUAGGGAUAAUCGCAGAGGUCAACUCAACCGCAGUGCAAUGGAGGAGUCUCGCUCUGGGGGAACCGCCUUCAUGAUCACGGUAUCCCCUACGCCAGGUAAGUAUGAUUGCACCAACCCUUCAAAGCUACUUAUUCAUCCACAAGGCUACUGUCAUAGCGCGAUUAAGAACGAGUAUAGCGCCAUCUCUUAG